AACUACUACGCCCUCCUUACCACCAUUGUGUACACCUCCCAUAAGCUAUGCUGGCGUCUCUACAUGAUUUAGCUACGAGGGUGAUGAUACCGAAGCGUUGCAUACAAGUAGGGUAUAAUCUGAUACGUAGGCGAUCCGUACCCGAGGUCCUGGGAUACCUAUAUAAGUCAGCUCAGUCGUCUUCUUUCAUCGACUCACUCUCCAGGGCCACAGUUCCAUUCGUUUAAGGACACAACAGCGUACGAUAUCCUGGAUCGCCGACCUUCCAGCUAGCUGACCUCGAUUCAAAACCUUAGAUCUAUAGCACACCGAAUACCUACCACAUCCAGAAUGAAGAUAUCGACAUCCCUGGUUUCCGCAGUUCUCGGUCUCUGCCUGACGGGUGCUCAGGCCCAUUUCCCCUGGCAGAACGGUCAGCCCUCUUUGCCUUCGGUCCCUUCGGGAUUCCCUACUUGGGAGCACCCUACCCCUCCCCACCCCACGGGCACCGGCGCCUGGGCACCCGGCCCGCACAAGCCGUUCCCGACCGGCUUUUCUCACUCUUGGCGGACCAACUUCCCGAUCCCGACGGGAUUCCCUCGUUUCCCUUUCCCGCCGGACUUCCCGCACAGCUUCGGCUCCCACGGCGCCCCCGGCGGUUCCCCCACCAUCACUGGCACCGGCAGCUUCGCUCGCCCGACCGGCUUCCCCUGGGCGCUGCCCCACAAGAGCUGUGCCGCCGACGCCGACUGUGCGGACCUGGAGUGCCCUGUUGUUGUACCCAACGAGGGGUCGCACUGCGUGCAGGCCCGCGUGGGCAAGUUCUGCGCCUGUUUUGCGCACGGCACGGAUUGAGCUCGUAGCAAGCCAUGACGGCGGGUUCGCGGGGCGGACGGCCCGAGGUCCUCGCAUGGAGGCGAAGCUGCGAGAGAGGAACAGGCUCCCGGACGCGUUCCUUUAUAUUGCCGAUAGGGAUGGCCUGGCUUGGCUGGUUUGUGUGUAAAUUCAUUAAUACCAUGUUGCUUUUAGACGUCGGAACCGCUCAGGUUAUGC